AUGAACCCAAUUUCUGGAAAACCUCUACAUAAUAACAACAGCUUUGGAGUCAAAACAAAGGUGGUAAUAAAAUGAAUACGUUUGGAAUAGUUUCUCUCCAUAUUCCGUAUAAUUACUGUAGGUUCGAUUUUACUCUAUGCCUUUAUCAAGCAAUAGCAGGAACACAUUAGAAUGGAAGGGAGGAUAAAAAGAGGUCUGUAAUCCUUUGUGUAUAUCGGGCUAGAUUUUUCUCGAGCCUUAAGGAGCUAAUCCCUGAGACUUUAGUUUUUUAUCCGAGACCAUCAAUGGAAACUGCAAAAGCUUUUGAAGAAGAGGUGGCAUCUGCCUAACAAGAAAGUGGGAGUUUCGACCCAGGUGGCAGACAGACUAUAGGCUCCACGCGUCAUGGAAGGCAAGAUCGGCUGUGCAAAUCGCUUGCCUUCGGCGGCAGGAAGGGUUCCUGUCGGUGCCCAUCGGGGAUGAUGAGUAUAAGGUGGAAAUCCCCUGUAUUCGAGGACGAAAAGUUUAAUCUAAUCUAAUAUGAUCUAAGUAACUAAAAAAGUAAAAGUCAAGAACAAGCAAGAAUUUAACAUAAUUCAGUGAGACACUCCUGAUCUCCAUAAAAACAGCAAGAAAUUUCCCUCCGACCUCAAAACCAAUCGCAUUGAUUACGCAACUGAAGAACGGCUCCGAAGAGAAGAAGAAAAUAAGAGAAAAGCCUUAAUUUAUAACCAAAAACGAGAAGCAGCCAUGAAGCGCGAUCUUUUAAUUUCACAAAAAAAUACAAUUGUGGAAAUCAAAGAAGCUGAAAAGCUAGAGCAAAAAAGAUCAAAAUUUUCUGACUAUAAAUCCCAUGCUGGGUUAGCAUAUAAUAGCAUUUCUCUUGAAUAUCACAAUUCUCAGCGAGGAAAAGAGCUUCAGCGACAAGACGAAUACCAACAACAUAAAAUGGGACAACGGUUCCAGUCUUUAGACUCAAAAAGAAAUUCUGGGUUCAAUAUUAUAACAGGGGAGCCUCGAUAUAAUCUCAUCAGCCAAAUUCAGCCUUCCAGACACUCUUAA